AUGCCAAUGCCAAGCAUUAAUACCACAGUAACUCAGACAAAUAAUAAUUCUAGCAGAUCUCUUUCUGACCUUGUAGGUCUUGAAUUAGAUGAUGAUAUUCCUCAAGAACUGUCUUCAGAAUCUUUAGAAAAACUCUCAAUAAUGAUUAGCUGGAAA